AGCGGCGGGGCCCGGAGGCGCCCGGAGGAGGAGGAGGAGGCGGGGUCCCCGGUGGUGCAGUACGUCGGGGGCGGCGCCCGUCGGGCGCAGCGGCUGUUCGCCUGGGGCUUCGCCUUCUCCGGGGCGCUGGGCCUGCCCGCCUUGGCCCUGCCCCUGCCCGGACGGGCCCCGAGGCGCCUCCAGCCCCUGCCCCACCGCCUGCCCGGGCCCGGACACCCGCACCCACACGGGCACCCACACGGACACGGACCCAGGAUUUCCUCGGUGGCCUGUGGCUACGGGUUCACGCUGCUGGCCUCCUCCACGCGCGAUGUGACCAAGGUGUGGGGCAUGGGGCUCAACAAGGACUCCCAGCUGGGCUUCCAGCAGAGCCGGCAGCACAAGGAGCGAGGCUAUGACUACGUCCUGGAGCCGAGCCCCGUGGCCUUGCCGCUGGAGCGGCCCCAGGAGAGCCGAGUGCUUCAGGUGUCCUGCGGACGGGCCCACUCCCUCGUGCUCACGGACGGCGAAGGAGUGUUCAGCCUGGGCAACAACAGCUACGGACAGUGCGGCCGAGAGGUCGUCGAGAACGAGGUGUACAGCGAGAGCCACGUGGUGCACAGGAUACAGGGAUUGGACGAGCAGGUCGUGCAGGUGGUGUGCGGACAGGAUCACAGCCUGUUCCUCACGAAGUCGGGGGCGGUGUACUCCUGCGGCUGGGGGGCAGACGGGCAGACGGGCCUGGGUCACCUACAGGUGACCAGCAUCCCCAGCCGGCUGCGCGGGGACAUCGCCGGCGUCCGCAUCGUCCAGCUGGCCUCCUACGGCGACUCGUGCCUGGCCGUGUCCGCCGACGGCCACCUCUUCGGCUGGGGCAACUCCGAGUACCUGCAACUGGCCGCGGUCACCGAGGCCACCCAGGUGAAGGAGCCUCGGCACCUGCCCUUCUCCGCCGUGGUCGGGAGGGUGAAGCAGGCGGCCUGUGGCGGCACCGGCAACGUUGUGCUCAACGACCAAGGCGACGUGUUCGUCUGGGGGUACGGGAUCCUCGGGAAGGGCCCCACGCUACUGGAGACCCCCACCCCGGAGAUGAUCCCGCCCAUCCUGUUCGGCCGGUCGGACCGCAACCCGGACGUCCGCGUGGCCAAGGUCCGCUGCGGGCUCAGCCACUUCGCCGCCAUCACCAAUAAAGGGCAGCUGUUUGUGUGGGGCAAGAACGUGCGAGGUUGCCUGGGCAUCGGCCGCAUGGAGGACCAGUACUUCCCCUGGAGGGUGACCCUGGCCGGAGAGCCGGUGGACGUGGCUUGUGGAGUGGAUCACAUGGUCACCGUGGCCCAGUCGUUUAUCUGAGGCCCCAGCGCCGCAGCUCGGGGGGGGGGGGGGACGGCCCCCAGAAGCCGCCGCUCUUCCGCCACACACCCCCCGACCCUCGCCCCCGCUAACCGGGGCAGACGCGGCUCCCCCGUCCGCGGUGCCCGGCCUCCCACCGGCCCGGCCGCGUGGGUUUCGCCAGGAGCGAUGCUUUGCAUUGUCGUGGUGCCGCCAGGACACCCUCCAGUUGCCUUUCCCAACUUUCCCGAGGCCGCGGGAAGGGCAAGGGCAGGGCGGGGGGGGACCCUCAGAUCACCCUGGGGUGCCCGGCCCCCGGACCGCUGGGCGCCCCAUCCCCUUCAGCUCGGACCGUGCCAAGUAGGCCGAGAACUGUGUGCCCUUCAGAGGCCCGGUGAGGACUUUCCAUCAGCUUCCAUGUUUCGGGCUCUCUUCCCUUUUCUUCCGGUCGCCCCCUCUUCCCGUGAGAGACCCCGGCCCCCGGGGGAAGUUGGUAUCCCAGCUCUCAGCUUGGAGCUCACCGCAUAGUGGCCCUUAGGAAAUACUGGCAUGAACGGCUUGGGCACGGGGGCUCUGGUGGGUCAGGCUGGUGUGAAGUAGGCGGACGGAGCCCACCCUAGAGCCGGCCGCCCCCGUCCCCGGAGCUGUGAGGAACGGCCACACGGCCUGGGGGAGCGGGCGUCACUUGAGGGGAUGAACCCAAAAUAUUAAAUGAAUUGAAGAGCC